UUAGGAAGAGGAGAAUGGCGGAGGGUUUUUGGGGUUGGGACCCAUCGUUUCCAAAACACACUCGUACAGUGGCAACCACGAGACACAAUGAUGGGGAGGGAGAGCUAAAAUAGGGGAUUUUUCACAUUCAAAUUUGCCCACUUUUGCUGCUUCCAAAAGAGAGGGAGGCCCUUUCAACCAGAAUGCCCCCUGAAUUUCUGGCUUAACCGACGAGCUCCUCUUCAUGUUUGUCCCUCCCGUUUCCCAUCUCACGCCCACCACCACCACCCUCUUUCUUUCUAUCAUUUUCAUCUUCAAAUCCUUGCCUUUUCCUGUUUCUUUUGUUCAAACAUUUUACAGAGGUUUUGUAACCUGUCGUUUUUCUAGUUCACUCUAAAUCUUUUACCAAACCCACUUGAUUUUUUUGCCAACUUUUGGCUUCUUUUGCUUCUACUCACUCUGGGUUCUCAUUUUGAGGCUCAAAAAUUAGAUGGGUUUUCGGCUACCGUCUCCUUUCUAGGUUCGACCUCUUCACCUGCAAAACAACAGGCCUUGUAGUUAGUUUGAGCUCAAACCAAAUCUUGUACAAUGCCCAUCUCACAACAAACGUCCAACUUCGAUGAGAUUUCUAUGAAGCAGAGUUUGAUUUUCUCUGAUUGUCUCAAGGAUUUGAAGAACCUGCGAGCACAAUUAUACUCAGCAGCAGAAUACUUCGAACUCUCUUACAUGAAUGACGACCAAAAACAGAUAGUGGUAGAAACAUUGAAAGAUUAUGCUGUUAAAGCUCUUGUGAAUACGGUGGAUCAUUUAGGUUCUGUUACUUUUAAGGUUAACGAUCUCUUGGAUGAAAAGGUGGAUGAUGUUUCUGGAACUGAGUUUAGGGUGUCAUGCAUCGAGCAGAGGCUAAGAACGUGCCAACAGUAUAUUGAUCAUGAAGGACAUUCCCAGCGAUCCCUGGUGAUGAAUACCCCAAAAUAUCACAAGCGUUACAUAUUACCAGUUGGGGAGACCAUGAAUGGCGGUAUCCAAACUAGAUCCAAAUACGAAGGAUGCAACCUAGAUGAUGAAGAUGACUGGCACCAAUUUAGAAAUGCUGUUCGAGCUACCAUUAGGGAAACGCCGCCAUCCAUUAUCAGUAAAGAAAAUUCUCCUGUGCGUUCGCAACGACCUUCGCCAUCCCCACAACCUAGAACGUUUUCGUUCACGUCUACUAUGUCCAAGAAGGAAUUAGAUAAACGGUCGGUUUCACCACACCGGUUUCCACUUCUGCGUUCUGGUUCUCUCUCAAGUAGGCCAAAGACGCAGAGUUCAAGUCGAUCAACUACGCCCAACUCAAGUAGGCCCACCACUCCAAGUAAUUCCAAUGGCCAACGACGGUAUCCUUCAGAACCUAGGAAAUCAGCAUCAAUGCGUAUGCCUGCAGAAAGGGAUAACAGCAAGGAUGUUGAACAAUAUCCCAGCAAAAGCAAACGCCUGCUAAAGGCAUUACUCAGCCGACGCAAGUCGAAGAAAGACGAUAUGCUGUACACCUAUUUGGAUGAAUACUAGUACUUCCAACACGUCCAGGAAAGCAAUGAACCACAGAGGAACCUCUUCAAUUCACUAGAGUUACCACUUUGUAUGUUUCAUAUAGCAGUUUUUCCUUCAUCCCAUGCUCAAAUCAUUUCUUUGUUCUUCUUUGACUUCAAUUUUUAGUAAUAUAAGUGAUUUCAUCGUGUGGGUUUUAAGAAU